AUGAAUGAGAUGUCAGCGAAGAGAUUAUGGGAAAUACUCAAUGCAAAGUACCUUACUAAGAGCAUUAAGAAUCGACUUCACUUGAAGAAGAGGUUUUACCAGUUCAAGAUGAAGAUGGAAGUUUCCAUUAUGGAGCAUGUAAACAACUUCAUGAAGCUACUUUCAGAUAUAGUCAAUAUGGAUAUCAUGGUUAAGGAUGAAGACAAGGUGGAGGAAGACCAGAUUCGAGAGAUAUCGCAACAGGUGGAGGAUGAUGUGACUCCACCCACUUCAGAUAGUAUUGUAUCCAUUAAGACUCCUACAGAGAUGACACUGGAAGGAGACGGAAUGAUGGCUGGGCAUAUAGAGGAUAUAGUGGAUGGUGAGACUCAGGAGCAGAGUCAUGUUCAGGAGUCUAUUGUUCCUUCUACAUUCAGGAAGGCAAAGUCUAGCCCUAAUUCGAUCAGGUGGAGGGAAGCUAUGAAAGAGGAGAUGCGUUCUCUUCAGAAGAACGAUAGUUAG